CGCAAAACAAAAAUUCCCCUUCCAGCAGCCCAUCAUGGCUCCCCCAAGAUCUCCCUAUGUCUGCCUGGGCUGCAGACUGCUCAGUCGCCGCAGCUUAACCACCUCCGCUCGUCGUCUCCAGGUUGUGCGACCACCGACCGCGCCCAAACCCACUCCGGACGUGAAGCACAUCCGCAAGCACCCCGAGCUAUACGCCCAGAAUUGUCGGGACCGCAACUAUCCAGCCCACGCACAACACCCCUUCACCAUUCAGCAAUUGUACGACGAAAUCGGCGAGAUUGACGUCCAGCUCCGCGCCCCGCGCACUCAAAUCAAAAAGCUCGAGCGAGCGAUCGCGGAGAUUGCGGCCGGCCAAGCGAAGAACCAGUACGAUGGCACCACCACCACCACCACCACCUCCACCGCCGCCCAAUUGCGCGCCGAGGCUGCACAACUCAGAAGCGAUGCGAUGGCCCGGACCACACGGCAGCAGACCUGCGAUGAGGAGAUGCAGCGGCUGGCGCUCUCACUGCCCAAUUUGUCCUCCCCCGACACCCCGAUCGGCGACACGCCCACCCUCAUCUCCUACCUCAACUUCGACCCGUCCUCCCCACUGCCCGACUGGGCCACCAAGCCCGAUCCCACGCGGUCGCACGUCCACAUCGGCAAUACACUAGGUCUGCUGGACUUCACCAGCUCGGCCACCACGACGGGGUGGGGCUGGUACUUCCUGACGAACGAGGGGGCGCUCCUCGAGCAGGCCCUCAUUCAGUACGCGCUGACCGUUGCGCGCCGCCACGGCUGGAAGCCCGUCUCCCCGCCCUCGAUCGUCUACUCGCACAUCGCCGACGCCUGCGGCUUCCAGCCGCGCGACCAGCACAACGAGCAGCAGAUCUUCACUCUCGAGCAGCCCGACAAGGACUCCGGCGGGACCAAGAAGCCCCAGCGCGCCCUCGCCGGCACCGCCGAAAUCCCCCUCGCCGCCAUGCACGCCGGCCGCACCUUCGACCCCGCCGACCUGCCGCUCAAACUGGUCGGCCCAAGUCGCUGCUACCGCGCCGAGGCCGGCUCCCGCGGCGUCGACACCAAGGGGCUGUACCGCGUCCACGAAUUCACCAAAGUCGAGAUGUUCGCCUGGGCGGACUCGCUCGCCGAGGAGGAGUCGGCGUCCUCCUCCUCCUCAUCAUCAUCACCGAUGUCAUCCACCUCAUCCAACGACCUCUUCGACGAGCUGCUCAAGAUUCAAUCCGAGAUUUUGCAGUCCUUGGGCCUCCCCGCUCGCAUUCUGGAGAUGCCCACCUUUGACCUCGGCGCCAGCGCCAGUCGCAAGCGCGAUAUCGAGGUCUUGUUCCCCUCGCGUCUGCGCACUACUCCCCCUGCUACCACCCCUGCGGCUGCAGUGGACACCCUCGAAUCCGCCUGGGGCGAAGUCACCUCCGCCUCGAUCUGCACGGACUACCAGAGCCGCCGGCUCGCGACCCGAGUCAAGCCGAAGAAGGGCAAGGGGGCGACGCGGUUCGCGCACACCGUCAACGGCACGGCCAUGGCGGUACCGCGUGUGCUGGCUGCUCUCCUCGAGCAUGGCUGGGAUCCCAAGCGGGAGGUGGUGGUUGUGCCGGAGGUGCUGCGGGGGUGGAUGGGGGGCUUGGAGGUGAUUGGAAAGCAGAAGUAAA